CCCCGCCUCUCACCGGACAAAAAUUCCGCUAUGGGGAGGAUCGGCUGCGGGGAACAUGGCGCAUUCACUGCGGAUUAACUUUCACCAAGAAAAACUAUGGAAAGUCGCUACAUAAUAAGCGCGUCUCGCUGGAUCUUGAGCUGAUUCGUAGAACAGGUCACCGGGUAACGGACGGCAGACGUCUGGGCUUGUUUUGGAUGGUGUCUUUGGGUUUUCCUGUCCUGCCUCAGUUCUGCUGCUGCUGCUGCUGCUGAGGGAUCAAAGUUUGGAGCAGCAGGCGGAGGAUUUAGCGGAGAUGGAAAAGCCCAGAGCGAGGAAAGAGAAGUUCUCCCUUUUCGGCUCUCGCUCCACCUGCAGAGCCACCAACCCUCCCUCUUCAUCCUUUCAAUCUUCAUCUCCCGGGAUCCCCUCAGCCACAGUUGGGAAACGGACAGAUCGAAUUUCCGGCUCUGGUCCAGCCGCCCUUAGCAAAGCUGAGUUCUUGGAACGUGUGCGUCACAGUAACCAGGCCUGCCAGCAGGGGGAGUUCGCAGUGGCUGUUGGUCUUUACACUGAGGCCCUCACCGCAGACCCGCAAAACUGUAUCCUGUACAGCAACCGAUCUGCGGCGUAUCUGAGACUUGGACAGUACGGCAAGGCUCUGGAUGAUGCGAUCAAAGCUCGACUCAUUAACCCUAAAUGGCCCAAGGCUUACUUUCGUCAAGGGGUUGCACUGCAAUACCUGGGUCGUCAUGCCGACGCCCUGGCGGCAUUCGCCUCAGGUCUCGCACAGGACCCCAAGAGUCUCCAGCUGCUUGUCGGCAUGGUGGAGGCUGCAAUGAAAUCACCACUCAGAGACACGCUUGAGCCCACCUACCAACAGCUACAGAAGAUGAAGCUGGACAAGAGCCCAUUCGUGGUUGUGUCUGUCAUUGGCCAAGAGCUGCUGACACAUGGUCACCACGGAGCCUCAGUCGUUGUGCUGGAGGCGGGCCUGAAGAUCGGCACUUGCUCAUUAAAGCUUCGCGGAUCCGUCUUCUCCGCUCUGAGCUCAGCGUAUUGGAAUCUUGGAGAUGUAGAGAAAAGUAUGGCUUACAUGCAGCAGGACCUAGAGGUGACGAAGGCUCUAGGUGACCAAUCAGGUGAAUGUCGUGCUCAUGGGAACCUUGGCUCUGCAUUAUUCUCUAAAAGCAAUUACAGAGAAGCACUGGCCCACCACAGGGACCAGCUAGUGCUGGCCAUGAAGCUCAAGGACAGAGAAGCUGCGUCAGGUGCUCUCAGCAGUCUGGGCCAUGUGUACACAGCCAUAGGAGACUACCCCAACGCGCUGGCCAGCCACAAACAGUGUGUCCUGCUGGCCCGGCAGACCCAGUGCCAGCUUUCUGAGGCACGCCAACUGGGCGACAUGGGUGCUGUUUACACGGCACUGGGAGACUUCACCAAUGCUGUCCAGUGUCAUGAGCAACACCUGGACAUCGCAAAGUCUUUGAAGAACCGGAAAGAGGAAGCACGGGCGUACAGCAACUUGGGCAGUGCCUACCACUCCCAACGGGACUUUGACAAGGCCAUAUCUUACCAUACGAAGGUGCUGGAGUUGGCACAGGAGCUGUCGGACAGAUCGAUCGAGAUGAGGGCAUUUGCUGGUCUGGGUCACGCUGCUCGUUGCAUGCAGGACUUGGAGAGAGCCCGUCAGUACCACCAAAACCAGUUAGAGAUUGCUCAGGAGCUCCAAGACAGAGCAGCACAGGGCCGAGCUUCCUCGAACCUGGGCAUCAUACAUCACAUGAAGGGGGAGUAUGAAACAGCGCUGAAGCUCCACAAGGCCCACCUCUCUUUGGCCCAGGAACUGGGUGACUACGCAGCCCAGGGGAGGGCCUACGGUAACAUGGGCAACGCAUAUCAUGCACUUGGCAUCUACGACCAGGCAGUGCGGUACCACCGACAAGAACUCCAGAUCUCUCUAGAGGUGAAUGAUCGCCAGUCACAGGCAUCCACUCAUGGUAAUCUGGCUGUGGCUUAUCAGGCGUUGGGUGCUCAUGACCGUGCUCUCCAGCAUUACCGUCACCACCUGACCAUUGCACGGGAACUCAGAGAUACUCAAACUGAAGCAAGAGCCCUAGCAAACCUAGGUAACUUCCACAGCUGGAGAGGUGAGUAUGCUCAGGCUCUACCCUACUUCCAGCAGUACCUGGCUUUGUCCCCGGGGCUGCAGGACCUGGAGGGUGAAGGAAAAGUCUGCCACAACCUGGCCUAUGCUCACUACUGCCUGGGACAGUACAAAGAUGCUGUCAGGUAUUAUGAGCAGGACUUGGCUUUGGCUAAAGACCUCCAGGACAAAUUAGCCCAAGCAAAAGCCUAUUGUAACCUUGGUUUGGCACACAAAGCUCUGGGAGAGUACAGCAGAGCAGAAGAGUGUCAGAGAUACCUGCUUUCUCUAGCUCAAGCUCUGGAUAACACACAGGCGGUUUUCAGAGCCUACGGGAACCUCGGGGAUGUGUUUGUGUGUCGGGGGGAUCUCCCAGGAGCUGUGACGUUCUACCAGCAGCAGCUAACUCUGGCUCAGAAGGCUGCCGAUCAAAAGAUGGAAGCUGAUGCAUACGCAGCACUGGGAUCAGUUCACAGGCUGCUCCGCCAGUUGGAUGCAGCCUUGUCCUUCCACAGCCAGGAACUGACUCUUCGAAAGGAUCUGGCUGAUCCUCAGGGAGAGUGCCGGGCUUUGGGCCACCUGGCGGCAGUCCAUAUGGCUCAGGGGGACUACACCACGACUUUCCAGUGCUAUGAGACCCAGCUGGGGCUUGCACAGGGGCUAAGGGAUGCCCGUCUAGAGGCUCAGGUCCAUGGAAACAUGGGCAUCACCAAGAUGAACAUGGGGGCAUUUGAGGAAGCUAUCGGAUACUUUGAGCAGCAGCUGGCCAUGCUGCAGCAGCUGAGUGGAAGUGAGGGCAUGCUGGACAGAGGCAGGGCCUAUGGGAACCUGGCAGACUGCUAUGAUGCUCUGGGAGACUAUGAGGAGGCGAUCCAGUACUACGAGAAGUACUUGACGGUGGCUCAGAGUCUCAACCAUGUCCAGGACCAAGAGAAAGCCUACAGAGGACUUGGAAAUGCACACAGAUCCAUGGGCAGUCUCCAGCAGGCACUGGUGUGCUUCGAGAAACGUUUGGUGGUAGCCCACGAGCUUGGUGGUGAAGGAGGGGGUAAGGCUCAGGCUUAUGGGGAGCUGGGCACCUUACACAGCCAGCUGGGUAACUACGAGCAGGCUCUCUCCUGUCUGGAGCACCAGCUGAGCAUUGCUCGCUCAGCAGGGGAUAAAUCCCUGGAAGCAGAGGCAAGCGAUGCCCUCGGAGGCGUUUAUCAGCUGAUGGCAGACAACAAAACUGCUCUGCAGUGGCACCAGAGGGCGCUAAGCAUAGCCGAACAGACGGGCUGUGUGAGGAGCCAGGGUCGAGCCUACGGCAACAUGGGUCUGACCUAUGAGGCUCUGGGAAACUACGAGCGAGCUGUGGUCUUUCAGGAGCAGCACCUCAGUGUGGCGGCGCAGACCAACGAUUUGAUAGCAAAAACUCUGGCCUACGGGAGCCUGGGGAGGACACAUCAUGCCCUGCAGAACUACGCUCAGGCUGUGAUGUACCUGCAGGAAGGUCUGCGGCUGGCUGAGCAGUUGGGCCAAAGAGAAGAUGAAGCAAAGAUUCGGCAUCGCCUCGGCCUUUCGUUGUGGGCCGGCGGUAAUCUGGAGGAGGCACAACACCAGUUGUACAGAGCUUCUGCAUUAUUCGAGACCAUCCGUCACGAGACACAACACAAUCUGGAUUACAAGCUCUCCCUGUUUGAUCUGCAAACCAGCUCAUACCAGGCUCUCCAGAGAGUCCUCGUCAGCCUAGGGCGACACGAUGAGGCUCUGGCCAUAGCUGAGCGAGGACGCACACGUGCCUUUGCUGAUCUCCUGGUUGAGCGCCAGAGAGGAAGUAAACAAGCAGCAAGUGCUGACCCUUACAUCCCAGUCACUGUGGAGCACAUCCUAGAGACGGUUAAUGGUCAAAAGGCACUGGUCCUCUACUAUUCCCUGGCAGGAGGGUUUCUCUACAGCUGGUUGAUAUCUCCAGGCACAGGCAUCUUGAAGUUUAACGAGGUAUACCUGGGAGAGGCGGGGCUGGAGACUUCUGAGUUCCAGGAUGGUGGCGGUAGUUUGCACGGAGGAGGCCCCUUGUCUUUGGAUCAGUACAUCUGCAACGCUAGAGAGGCGCUGGGAGUAGACAUCCAUCACAGCAGAGUUUGCUCCAGCAGUGAGACGGAGAGUGAAGCUGGAGAUCUGCUGGAGCAACAGUUUGAGGAGCUGAACAACAAUCUCACUUCAGCCACUGACCCAACGGGCUAUCUUCGCAUGGUGUCCAGAAAUAACCUCUUCAACAGAAGCUGUCGGAGCAUGACAAGCCUUUACAGUACUACAGUGUCUCCUGUGAAGGAUGGAUUAUCUUCUCCUCUUUGUCGAACCAGUAAGAUUGGCAAACCUCCUCUACGAGCCCUUUAUGACUUACUCAUAGCACCAAUGGAAGGGGGCCUGAUGCACAACAGUGGACCUGUUGGCAGGAACACACAGCUUGUAGUAGUUCUAGAAGGAGAAUUGUACCUGAUCCCAUUUGCCUUGCUUAAAGGCAGCUCCUCUAAUGAGUACCUGUAUGAAAGGUUUAAUAUAAUUUCUGUACCGUCUUUGGCCAGCCUGCAAGCUGCAAGUAAACCUCAUCCUCGUUCCAGCGGUCCUUUGCUUUGUCCAGAUGGAGGUUCUGUGGUUGCAGUAGUCGGGAAUCCUCACCUGCCUCCCAGUGUUAUGGACCGCUGGCUGUGGGGGCCCUUACCCUCAGCCCAAGAUGAAGCUCUGUCUCUGGGGGAACAGCUGGGUUGUCAUCCCCUGACUGAAGUUAACGCCACCAAGGAGCGUGUUUUGGCAGCACUGAAUCAGGCAGAGUGUGUUCACUUUGCAACUCAUAUAUCCUGGAAGCUCGCCGCGCUGGUCCUCGCCCCCAGCCAAGAGCGUACCUUGGGAGACAUGCCGAGCAGCCGGCCAAAGGAGAACACUCUGUGUGGAAAGUCAGCAUUAGGGGAAGCUGUGGAUCAGGAGGAGGAAGUCGAGUGUUUGUUUCCUAAGAGUUGCAGCAGCCCAGGGAGACUCAGAGGAGUGGAAGAAAGCAGCGAGGACGGGGAGAGUGUUUGCGGAGUGGAGAGCGUGUGUGACAGUAUGCCACUUCACGACUUUCUCCUCACUGCCGCUGAUAUCCUAGAUCUGUGCCUCACAGUCAAAUUGGUGGUUCUGAGGUUGUACCCGGAGUCUAACUGCAGGAUCACGGCUGACGGAGUGGUGGGUUUGACCCGAGCAUUCUUGGCUGCAGGCAUUCGGUGUGUGUGUAUCUCUCUGUGGCCGGUGCAGAUCGCUGCUUCCAAACUCUUCAUGCACACUUUCUACACUGCCCUUCUAAAUGGAACCAAAGCCAGUGUGGCUCUGACGGAGGCCAUGAAGAACCUGCAGAGCAGCAAGCACUUCUCACACCCCUCCAACUGGGCGGGUUACAUGCUGAUAGGCAGUGAUGUGAAGCUGAACAGUCCCAUGUCGCUGGUUGGACAGGCCCUGGCAGAGAUCCUCCAGUAUCCAGAGAAAGCCAGGGAUGCCCUCAGGGUGCUGCUGCACUUGGUGGAAAAAUCCUUGCAGCGCAUUCAGAGCGGUCACUGUAACCCGAUGUACACAUCGCAGCAAAGCAUCGAGAAUAAGGUCGGGGGAGUUCCCGGAUGGCAGGCCCUCCUGUCUGCUGUGGGCUUUCGGCUUGAAGUCUCCGGCUGCGGUGCUGGGCUCCCUGCGGCGGUGUUCUUCCCGAUGUCCGACCCUGGAGAUCGUCUGCAGCAGUGCAGCACCACGCUGCAGUCUCUGCUUGGUCUGACCCCUCCAGCUCUGCAGGCUCUCUGUAAACUGGUCACAACAUCUGAAGCAGGAGAACAGCUCAUUCACAAGGCAGUUAAAAGCAUGGUGGGGAUGCUUCAUCAAGUUCUGGUGCAGCUGCAGUCAGGCGACAAAGAGCAAGACUUCCCACUGGCUCCCAUUCAAGUGUCGAUAAGUGUGCAGCUAUGGAGGCUCCCAGGCUGCCAUGAGUUCCUGGCUGCACUCGGUUUUGAUCUGUGUGAGGUCGGUCAGGAGGAAGUUGUGUUAAAGACUGGAAAACAAGCCAGCAGACGUAAUAUGCAUUUGGCCCUUCAGGCUCUUCUUGCCCUGUUUGAUUCCACAGAGCUGCCUAAGCGACUGAGCAUGGACAGUUCCUCCUCUUUAGAGUCUCUGUCCUCCUCCCAGUCAGCCUCCCAGCCUCACUCCUUGCCCGUCUCCCUCAGCUGCUACCCACCUCAGCCCUCCUUCCUACCCCCAGGCUGCUCUGACAACCUCUCCUGUGACGCCAUCUCUGUCUACAGCCUCAGCUCUCUUGCGUCCUCUCUUAGCUUCCUGACUCGCCCUGAACCAGCAGGAAGUGACAUCAUCAGCCAUCGCUCACAUCAGCAGGAGCCAGUGAAGCAGGGUGGAGGGACGGGCCUUUAUUCCUUGCAACGCCAUGCCGGCGGCCUGUCAAGAGGCCGGCUGACCAAUCAUGGAGGAGGAUUGGCAGGAGGGGAGGACGAGGAGUAUGAGGGGUUCUCUAUUAUAAGCAGUGAGCCGUUGGGACGAGCAGGGAGGGAAUGUGACACAUUACCACUCCCCGGAGGACACCGACAAGGCAAAGGUGGUUCUGGACAAGGAUCUGUGUUGUGCCAAACUCUGACAGUUUCCUCCAAGGGGAGCAUCAGCACACCUACCUCCCCGCUUAAAGCUCCACCACUGGUGCAGGCAGAUCCUAUAAGCCCCAAGGUCAUCCAAAAAAUCUCAUUGUCUAAACGGACAGUAAAAGGGAAGGCUUGCAGCUCUGAGUCAGACCAGUCGAGCACUGAAACAGACAGCACCGUCAAGUCACAAGAGGAGAGGAUGGGCCCUGCAGGACAACUGGAUCCACACGAAUUGGCGCAAAAGAUCCUGGAGGAGACCCAGAGCCACAUGCAAGCUGUGGAGACUCUGCAAAAAGCAAAUACCAGAGUAAAAGCGCUGAGAGGAGCUGAGGGCCAAGAAGAUCCUUACACCAGGCAACCAUCUCUGUCUAUGCCCACAACCCCAACUUUAAAACCUGCCAGAGGAGCAUGUGGGUUCCAGCCAUCUGAGACGAGUGCAUUCAGCAGACCUCCCAGCAGAGCAAGUCUGAAAGCCUGCUCGUCCCCUUUUUCUGUCCAUAAGCAUCUUUCACCCCUCUCCACCACUGAUUCAAGGCCUCCUCCAACUCCUCCUAAACCGCCGUCCCGCUCCUCAUCACUGCAGAAAAUCAACACCACGACUCCUUCUUCUCCUUCAUUGUAUCUCCCUGUGAAGGAGAAGCAUUCCCCCCUCAUCUUCAGCUCCUCAGAGGAGCCCAUACAGUCCCAACACAAACCCAAAUACUCUGGUUCACCUUACAGCUGCCACAUAUCACCUUCUCGCUCUCCUGCCGACAGUGCCCCAUCUCCAGCCCUCUCCUACUCCUCCAGAGGGUCUGUCUCCACAUCGUCCAGCCCGGCAAAUGCUUCUGAGCCCAGCCAGUCAAAACAGGACAACAAGGUCCAGGCAAUGCACAACCUGAAAACCUUCUGGGCCAGUGUCAGCCAGAAACAGGAGGCCCCCAAUCCUGCCACUUUGCUCCGAGGUGGGAAUAAGAAAAUGAGUACAGUUCAGAAAGAUGUUUUGGGUUUGCUGAAUCUCUCACCCAGACGAGGGUCCGGCAAGAAACAUGUGGACAGGCAGGAAGACUGUGACAGACCAAACGGGCACCGUAAACUGGACCCAAAACCUCCUCUUACUCUAUCAGCAAGUCUUCCAACAAACAUUAAAGGAGGCAUCAAACUUCCCUCUGGGAAUGGAUACAAGUUUCUCUCCCCUGGACAAUUUUUUCCAUCUUCUAAAUGUUAAAUCCUGCAGAAGAUUGAUUUGAGGAUUCACUUUCUAUGUACAGUGAUAGAAGCUGUCCUUUUUUCAGUAAAAUACAACUUAACCAAUCUCUGCUAAAGGUGAAACCUAAACCAGGCCAUUUCACACUGAUCCGUUUUCACGUGUGUGUACGUAUGUGUGUAUGUAGGAUGUUCAGUGCCUUGCAAAAGUAUUCAUUUCCCUUGAAAUUAAGGGAAAUUAAUACUUUUGUGUGAAUACUUUCACAUUUUGUUAUGUUACAACCACAAACAGCAUUUUAUUAGGAUUUAAUUUAAUACACAGAGUAGUGCAUGAUUGUGAAAUAAAAAAAAAAAAAAAAAUUUUUCCUGUGGGGGUAUGUUUCUACAUGCUUUACACUUCUAGAAACUGAAAUUUUUACACUGCAAGUCGGAUUUAGGUCUGGACUUUGACUGGGCCCUUCUAAUAGAUUAAUAGGCUUUGAUCUAAACCAUUCCAUUCCUAUAGCCAUCCAUCAGCUAUACCCACUUGUUCUUGAAGAAUCACAGGGGUGGCUGGUGCUUAUUUUCAGAGGUCAUUGGGCAAGACCCUGGACAGGUUGCCAGUCCAUUACAGGCCAACAAAUACCCCUUUUCCAACAAUGCGGUUCAGAGCCCUUUCUAAAUCCUGGAAGUGAUUUUAAACCCGUGACCCGAGGUUCAACCAAAAAGAGAGGUUCCAGGCGUGAACUAUGGCUCAACUCGGGCGCCACACAAUAUUUGGUUUUUGUGCGCAUACUGUGACGUCAAUGUUCGAAAGGAACCUGAGAGUUCUUUGGCUGGACAAAUGCCUACAGAGAGACACAGGGCAAACAACCAACACACUCAUACCUAAGGGAAAAUUAGAGAGAUCAUUUAACCUAACAGUCAUGCUUUUGGACUGUGGGUAAAUAAAACCAGAGUACCCAGAGAGAACCCACACAUGCACAAGCGGACCAUGCAAACUUUAUGCAGAUAUACUAUAAUAGUAAGAAAGCAGUGUAAUAUAAUAUAACUCUAUAACAAAUGUAGGUCACAUAACCACUGUUCUCUUCCUGAAUUCUAACACAUUCCAAUAAUAAAGACAGUCGUAUUUAUGAAUUAUUACAUUAUCUGUGUUAGUUAUCAUAUUUUCAAAGAAUAUUUUUAAUGUUGUGCUGAAAAUGUAACAAGAUAGCAAUACUGGAAAACUGUUAUUACAACAUUCACUCAAAAGGUUUAUUGCAUUAUUAACAAGUUAUUACACUGUUGGCUUUAUUACAUUUAAAGUUACAAAAACUAUUACUUAAUUAUCAGGUAUUAUAUUAUUCCCUCUUAUUACACUAUUGGUUGCUACCCUCUUUCACAGCACCUUUUUCACAGGCUUUCUGUGCCCUCUAUAUGACUGCCAAACUUGAAAAGGCAUUGGGUGUUUUUUUAAUCUAAUAGUCCUUUAAUUCACUACAACUUAACUUUGUGUUGGUAUAUCAUAUUAAAUCCUACAAAAAUAUAUUGAAGUCUGUGGUGUAACAUGACAAAACAUGAAAACAUUCAAGCGAUAUGAUUACUGUUGCAAAGCAUCGUACAUGGUUUGAAUGUGGUGACUGUGCCUUCUCAAGCAGUCUUUGAGUCUCUGGCUUUAACUGUGUUUUAAUGUCCAACUAGUGAGCAUGUGUUUGGAUGUACACUGAAAUGUUCUGAUUUGCGGUCUGUUGACUGGAACAAAAUUGUCAGUCAAUGUUUUUUCUGUUCAAAAUGCUCGCUAUUUGUGUAAGUCCACCUAAAUAUGAGCUUAAGUUAAUAUGUAAUAAUUAUUAUUUUAAAAGUUAUGGUAAUCCUUUUCAUGUAUUUAGCUGUUUUCCACUUAAUGUUACACAUUUUAUAAAGACAAUAAAACAUGACAGACACCAAAAAACACUGAUAUUUUUAUGGAAGUUCAUUUUCAUAUGCAAAUGUCAAAACUUGUUAUUGAGUUUUAAUAAAUGUAUAGAAUUGUUUAACUUUGCAGCAGUUUCAGAGAUCUAUUCAGAUAACUUUGUUGCCAUGGCAAUUAAAGCUUUUGCUUUAGUUU